AUGUUCAAAGGAAACUGUCAAGUAUGUAAAGCAACUAAAUGUAAAAUAGCUUCAACUUUGAAAACUGGUGGUGACAUCAAACCUAUGAAAACGUCAAAAAAACCUAUCAUCAUUCUCGAACAAACUUUCUACAAUCCUGAAACUGGAUUCUGUGGUAUCAACGAACUUCAAAGAAAAACUAAAAUACCAAUCAAGGAAGUCAAACAAUUUCUAAAUGAACAAGAUGUUUACACUCUUCACAAACCUGCUAGAAAGAAUUAUCAGACAGAAAGAGUUUAUAUUCACCAUAUAGAUGAGCAAUGGCAAUCCGAUCUUGUUGAAAUGAUUCCUUAUGCAGAUGAAAAUGAUGACUUCAAAUACCUUUUAACAGUUAUAGAUUGUUUCAGUAAAUAUGAAAUGAAAGCUCUAUUCAAAAGUUUUGAUAUCAAACAUUUUUCAACAUACUCCGACAAGAAAGCCUCUAUCAUUGAAAGAUUCAAUAGAACUCUUAAAGAGAAAAUGUGGAAAAUGUUCACUCAUCAAGGUAAUCAUAAGUGGACUGAUAUUUUAGAUAAAUUAGUUCAAGGAUACAAUAAUCAUUAUCACCGUAGCAUAAAAAUGACUCCCAUUGAAGCAUCCAAAAAAGAAAAUGAAGAUCAAGUACAUGAGAACCUGUUCCCCUCCUCGAAAGAAAUGUUUGAAAAGUUCAAGUUCAAAAUAGAUGAUACAGUAAGAAUUACAAAGUACAAAGCUAUUUUUGAUAAAGGUUAUCUACCUAAUUGGAGUACAGAAAUAUUCAAAAUCACUCAAGUUCAUCCAGGGGAAGUCACAACAUACUCCAUUAAAGAUUUAGCAGAUGAAGAGAUCAAAGGAAAGUUUUAUGAAGAAGAACUUACUCUGUUUAAUAAUGUCAAAGAAGAAUACAAAAUAGAAAAGAUACUGAAACGUAGAACUAGGAAAGGAGUAAAAGAAAUGUUUGUAAAAUGGUAUGGAUAUCCUGAGAAAUUUAAUUCAUGGAUUCAAGAUAACUAA